UUUAUUGGAUUCUUGAUCUGAUUGAAGCCCAGAAGUGGUAGGUAGCACGGCUUAAAAGUAGACAGAGUUAUUGGCCCCAUGGCAGUUUCUGACAUUAAAUCAAAAUGUAAGCUAAAUCCUCUAACAAAAGUACCCAGCUCCCAUGGCAAGAGGGAUAAAGAUUUACCAGGAUCUCUCCCCUGCCAAAACAAAGAAAAGAAGCUGAAGCCUUCACAAAUGCAAGCCUUCCGAGAUGCCUACAACUUCUUUAACAAGGAUAAAACUGGCUGUAUUGAUUUACAUGGAAUGAUGUGCACUUUAGCUAAGUUGGGAAUGAAUCUAACCAAGCAUGAUGUCUAUAAUGAAUUAAGAUGUGCUGAUAUUGAUCGAGAUGGGAAAGUGAAUUUCUCAGACUUUAUAAAGGUGCUAACAGAUAAAAACCGCUUCCUUAAAGCUGUGGUUCCAGAAAAGGAGAAAUGUUUAGAUUCAGCUGGCAACCCAGGGAUCCUGUUGUUUGAAAUCCUAUCAAAGCUUGUAGAGACUUCAGCUUUACCCAGAAAGGCUAUAAUGGAAAUAGUAAGCUAUUUCCGAAGAAAAUUCCAAGAUACCACGUCAGGAAUGUCGUGGAGUCCCUACACUAUGGGUUAUGGGAAAAGGAGGUUUAAACCAGACAUACGCACACCUCCAAGCUCAAGCACGGCCGCCUUUGCUAAUGCUGCCCGAAUCACAAUAAUGAAAGAAAAGGAUUUACUUACAUUUCUUGAAGAGCUCAAGCGGUGCAGUCCUCCUUCAGGUAGCCCAUAUUCAAAAAUACCCAUCUUUCCAUUGUUUCCUAAUAUGGAUGGGGUGGUGAUGGGAAAGCCCUUCAAAGACAUACAGAAACUAGAAAUGCUGAGGAGAAGGGAGCCUCUGGAUUUCUUUGAGAACUACUUUUUCCAUAAAAGAGACUGGAAGACACAGGCAGCAAAUAUAAAGCCUAUCGACCCAGUCUCAGGCUAUCCAAGUGACAUCCUAGCCAUUGACCAAAUACUCAAGAAAAAGCAGAAUUGGACAGUGACGGAUGCAACUGCUAUUAAACAGCACGUGAAGAGAGCUACUGAUGCCUAUAACUUGGGAAUUGCCCUUGAGCACCGGAAAGACAUGCUAAACCUCUGGCGGAAGAUCCGAGGGGAUCUGAUUGGAGUAGACACUAAAAAUGAGUCCUUUUAUGACACCUUUUCUACUUAUACGUGGUCCUGGAAUGUUUGCCAAGAAUUACUUUCGCCGAAGGACCUAAGGUUAUGUGAUGCCUACGUGAAUAGGAAUACCUUCCACAACUCUGUAUUCUCUUCUUCCUCAGAUAUCAGUGAGUGUGACACACAGACAGGAAGAAAAAGAAAACGGAAAGCUUUCAAAGGGUUUCGACAAUGAAAUUUCUACAUUUUCUAAACAGCUCAUUGCAAACUACUUUUUCAUAGAUAUCAAAAUUACGGUUUCUUGCUUUUGUCUAGUACAUUCUUAGCCGCUGGAAAUGUUGACAUCUUUUGGAUUCUGACCAGUAAAAAAGUUUAAGUCAUAA